AUGGGCAAGAAGAGAAGACAGGUUAUUAAAGAAUUAGGUAAGGAAAAAAGGUGUUCUUUAGGAGAAGUUCAUAAACCAACAUUUCGUAUAGGACAAAAAUAUAAAAGUAAAAAAGAGUUGAAAGACAAAAUUGCCCAUCAUGCCUUGGAAACCAGGAAGAAUCUUUUUAUUAAGAAAAAUGAUAAACUUAGGUUGCGGGCCACAUGCAAAGGAAAAGUAGUAUUCAAUGAGAGGCAAGUGGAUGGACCUACCACUGGGAAGAAAAGUAAAGGCAAAAGUAAAAAGACAAAGACAAGUACUGAACUGUCUUGUCAGUGGGUUUUACAAGCAUCUAGGAAAAGUGAGGAAGAAAGUUGGUGUGUGAAAACCUACCAACCUGAGCAUUCAUGUCUCAAUACAAGAAAGAAAAGAUAUCAGGUGAGCUUCUCCAAAGACAAGGUAUUUAGGGCUAUAGCAGAUGCCAAAAAACAUGUGAUGGGAGACUACACAAAACAAUAUGAUGUGCUGAGAGAUUACAUAUUAGAGUUGCAGUCCACAAAUCCUGACACAACUGUGAAACUGGAACUGGUUCCACAACCAAAUCUUGUAAAUGCAACUUCAAGAUGUUUUCAGAGAAUUUAUAUUUGCUUGGGUGGAAUGAAAAAGGGGUUCAAAGCAUGCUUAAGGGAUUUUAUUGGUUUAGAUGGGGACUUCAUGAAAGGAUCUUACCCAGGGCAGAUCUUGACUGCAGUUGGCUUAGAUUCUAACAAUGGUAUAUACCCAUUGGCAUACGCCAUUGUUGAGUCUGAGAACACACAAAGUUGGAAAUGGUUUCUAGAGUACCUGGGAUAUGAUUUGGACCUGUCACAACUUUCAAACUUCACUUUCAUAAGUGAUAGACAAAAGGGCUUAUUUCCAGCCAUUGCACAGUUGUUCCCAGUUGCUGAACACAGAUUCUAUCUUAGACAUAUCUAUGAAAACAUGAGGAAGAGAUGGAGAACUACUGAGUACAAAGAAAAGUUAUGGAACUGUGCCAAAGCCACAACAGUGCAAGAAUUCAAUCAUUUGAUGAAAGAGUUUAGUGAAUAUGACAUAGAAGCUUAUGAAUGGUUGAAGAAGAUCCCACCACAACACUGGGCUAGAAGCCAUUUCACAGGUAGACCAAUCACAGACAUGCUUUUAAAUAACCUAUGUGAAGUGUUUAACAGUAAACUGAUAGAAGGUAAGGAUAAACUAAUAAUCAUAUGCUUAGAGUACAUUCGGGAGUACAUGAUGAAGAGGAUUUGCAAUGUGAUAAAGGUUCAACAGAAGUAUGCAGGUCCAUUGACUCCAACAGCAACAAAGAUCAUGGAAACAAAGACAACAAAUGCUUCUAACUACAUAGCCAGGUGGAAUUCCUCAGACAAGUAUGAAGUACAAGGACCAUGGCAAGAUCAACAUGUUGUUGACAUGGGUCAAAGGGUAUGCAACUGUAGGAAAUGGGAAUUAACAGGAAUUCCUUGUAGGCAUGUGAUUGCAGUCCUAUUUGAUAAAGCUGACAAUGGUGAGGAUGUGGGUGAACUUUACACUUAUGUACACAAGGUGCAUUGGCUUGAAACCUGGAAAGAGGCUUAUUCCUCCAAGGUAGAACCAAUCAAAGGUCGUAUCAUGUGGCCUGUUAGUGAUUGUCCAAUAAAGAUCAGCCCUCCUCCACAUCGUAAUCAGCCUGGUAGGCCCAAGAAGAAGAGGCAAAGAUCCAUGGAGGAAAAAUCUCAAAGUCAGGCUCAAAGUCAGAGCCAAACUCAAAGUCAAAGUCAAACAAUUGGUGCUAGUGGUAUAGAUGGUCAUGGUCCAGGGGAAGUGGAAAACUCACAAGGAAGUUCAUUACUGUCACUUGUAGCAAGUGUAAAAACAAGGGACAUAAUGCAAGAGCAUGUAAGGGGCAAGGAGGAAAUUGAUGUGUUGUCUUGUUGGAUUAAGACUAUGUAA